AUACAUACAGUCAUUGCUCCCUCCCUCCCCACACACGCGCUCGAGCUUGGCAAGUGCACCCCCCCCGAAGCUGGAGCUACGCUGUCCCACGAGCAGACGAUUUCAGCACCUAUUCAGCACAGGACAGAAUCCUGCACCGUCUCAUGGCAACAUGGCGACUGAGUUCCAUAACCUUCAGGAGUUGAGGCAGAGUCCGUCUCUAGCCACCAAGGUGUUCAUCCAGAGAGACUACAGCGAAGGAACCGUCUGCCGAUUCCAGAUCAAGUUCCCCUCCGAGCUGGGCAGCAGGAUCGAGCGGACUCUGUUUGAGGACACAGUAAAGACAUUGAACACCUACUAUGCGGAGGCAGAGAAGGUCGGAGGCCAGUCCUACAUGGAGGGAUGUCUGGCGUGCGCUACAGCCUACUUCAUCUUCCUCUGUAUGGAGACACGCUAUGAAAAGUUACCGCUCUGUCUCUGGCUCCUGUCUCCUCUUCCACAUCUCACCACCCAACUACCUUGCUCUGGAUUUUACUCACCACCACUGCCUUGGAUUCCCCUCAGAACCCGUUUACCCUGUUCUACUCAGCUAACUCCAACCUCCGUCUCUACAUCUGGUUUUUCUGCAACUCAUCCGAGCUUCUCCGGAUCUGCACUCCAUAUCUCCAAGUGUAACAAUAAAUAUUUUGGUUCAUUCAUCCCUGUUUCCUCAUCUGAGUCUGCUCUUGUGUUCCCCUGUGUCGCUCCGCUUAACAGUACAAUCUGGCCCAGAGAUGAACCCAGCAGACUCCACUACUCUUCACCAAAGUAUUGUUGGUCAAGGCGGCCUAUUUGAGCAACAUGACCAAGCCCUGAAAGCCCUACUGGAGAACAUCAGGGAGUUUUCACGGACCAUGUCUGACCUACAGGUCCAAACCUCCGCCCAGAGUUCACAACCGUCUCAAGUCCCUCUUCUCCACCCCGGGAGCCUUUUGUUCCGACUCCUGAGCGCUAUGAUGGUAAUCUUGGCGCUUGCAGAGCCUUUCUUGUGCAAUGUAUUAGUAUUUGAGCAACAGCCCUACUCUUAUGCUAGUGAACAAGCCAAGAUGUAUUUUUUGAUUGGCUGCCUUUGUGGAGCAGCUCUUUCCUGGGCCACUGCUUGUGGGAGAGACAGUCACCUAUCUGCCUCUCCUAAGGUGGAUUCACAGAUGAGAUGAGGAAGGUAUUUGACAACCCUGUCUGUGGAAAGGAUGCCGCUAAAUGACUUCUGUCCCUUCGUCAAGGCACCCAGAGUGUGGCCGAAAUGGCAUGUGAGUUCCGCACCCUCGCUGCAGAGAGCAGCUGGAAUGACGAGGCCCUUCAGGGAGUAUUCCGGAACGCACUCACUGAGACCCUCAAAGACGAGUUGGUGUCCAGAGAGGGGCCCUGAUGGACUUGAUGAACUCAUUUUUCUCACUAUCCGCAUUGACAACCGUCUCUGUGAGCGUCGGAGGGAGAGAGAAGGUAGGGUUGCAUGUCCCAUAGAAUCUGCUUCGGUGCCUCCAGGCAUGUUCUAAUCCUGUACCCAUGCAGCUCGGCCGGACCCGUCUAUCUCCAGAGGAGAGGUAGCGGCGUAUCAGCACUAGGAGCUGUCUAUAUUAUGGCCAGGUUGGUCACCUGGUCUCCACUUGUUCCCUGUGUCCAGCAAAAGUGGGGGCUCAGCAGUAGUGGGGAAUAUACUUUUGAGCCAAAUCGCCUACCCAUCAUCUCCCAGACCACUGCUUGAGGCCAAUAUUGUGUGGCAGAACCAGGCUUUUCCUCUGCCUGCUCUCAUCGAUUCAGGCGCCGACAAGAGCUUUCUGGACCGAGGGUUCGUUAGGACUGGGGGUUCUGGAAUGGACUGGGGUGCAGACAAGGCAGGAGGAAGGGCAGAUUGUAGACAAUUAGAAUGACAAAAUGUACUCCAAGUAGUUACCCUUUCGGUAGACCAAUCAAACUGUGGGUUGUGUAGCUUUAACCAUGGAUGACCCAGAACCAGAGAUGAGUGAGAACAGUCGAUUAUGUGGAAACUGAUCUUUUCCUGGUGAUUUCCAGAGAGACACACGAUAACAGGGACAGUUCUCUCCAAAACAUGGAAGAGUAGCUUUCCAUUGACAGCAUGUGCAUCCAGAGGUGAAUCGAAUGAAACAGUGUCCAGACCCAACUGAUUGUCUUCUGUUCCUCCAGAAUAUCACAGUCUAGCUCCUGUAUUCAGUAAGCCCCACACCCCAUCGCUGCAGCCUCAUUGGCCUUUCGACUGUGCUAUCGAGCUUCAGCCUGGAGCUCCUCUCCCUAGUAGCAGGUUGUAUAACCUCUCUCGCCCCGAGCAAGAAGCCAUGGAAGAAUACAUCCAGGACUCCCUGGCUGUCGGACAUAUCGGGCCUUCUUCUUCUCCGGUGGGAGCUGGGUUUUUCUUUGUCAAGAAGAAGGAUGAGUCACUGAGGCCAUGCAUAGACUUCCGUGGGUUGAAUAGCAUCACUGUCAGGAACAAGUAUCCCUUGUCACUCAUCAGUGCUGCUUUUGCCCCCCUCCAUGGUGUCACAGUGUUUUCUAAACUUGACCUCCAGAAUGCCUACCUACUUUAAAUUGCCUGAACAGCACCAGAAAAUAAAGAUUAAAUAUAUUUUCAAUAUAGAUUUGCCUAGCUCCUUGGAGAUCCUAGGAACCGCAAGAGUGUCAUGUCCCCUCCCGCUCCGGGGCUUGACUUCACUGGUCUACUAAUCACCGGUCCUGGCAACCCAUCUUUACGCACACCUGGCAACCAUCAUUACGCACACCUGCGUCUCAUUAGUCACAUGAGACACAUUAGUCACACCUCAUUACUCCAUUGAUUAUUUACCCUAUAUAUAGCACUCUUUUGUUUUCAGUCUCAGAUGGUAUUGUUUUUGUUUCUAUGUCAGACGCUUCUCUUGUUUUGUAUCGCGCCAUGUUCGUUAUUAUUAAACUCACUAACUGCACCUGCAUCCUGACUCCCUGCAUCUGUUACAAAGAGUUAACCAAUCCUGUGAACGGAUUAGGCAACUCAGGUGUCUA